AAAACGAAGAACAAUUUCUUGAUUCCACAAGAGAGAGCGUCCGCAAUCCCUAAUUUUAUAACUUCAAGAACAGUUGAACAUGAUUUGUUGCUUUUACUUCACAAUCAGUUCUCGCCGUCUAAAACUCAUUCGACGGCCUCACAGUUCGUCGGCAAGAUUCUAUGCCGUCGCAUCCCUUGAUCGUUUCAAUCAGUGAAGGGGAAGAGAUUUCAGUCAUACUCCCAAGUUUCUGUUCAUUUCAUCUUCGAUUUGGAUGCAAAGCGCUCUCGACGGAUUCGGGAUUUCGAUUCAUGAAUUUAGACGACGAAACAGGGCGAGCACACGACUCUAUUGAGAUUAACGGAGAUGCAGCUGAAGGAAAUUUGAUUUUGGAGCCAUAUGUUGGUAUGGAGUUUGAUUCUGAAGAUGCUGCAAGAAAAUUUUAUGUUGAAUAUGCGAGACAGAUGGGGUUUGUCGUGCGAAUUAUGCAGCGACGUUGUUCGGGAAUUGAUGGAAGAACGUUAGCCCAGAGGCUUGGAUGUAAUAAACAAGGUUUCUCUCCGAAUCGAAGAGGGAUUUAUGGAUCAGAUAAGAAACCACGGCCUAGUUCACGAGAGGGCUGCAAGGCAACGAUUUUGGUGAAAAUGGAGAAGUCUGGAAAAUGGAUUGUUUCAAGAAUUGUGAAGGAUCACAAUCAUCCCUUAGUUGUUUGUUCUAAUGGUUUCAGCUGCUCGGGCGAUAAAGAUAAGAAGAUCGAGGAACUUAAAAUGGAGUUGGAGCAUCAAGAGCAACAAUGCGUAGCUUACCGGGAAAAGCUUUUCGAUUUCAUCUCAACGGUGGAGGAACAAACAGAAGAAUUGUCUUCAAAAAUACAAAUGAUCAUCGGCAAUGUAAGGCAAGUUGAAUCUGGUACGCAAAAACAUUAUCCAUUUCGACAAUAGUAAAUAAAACUUGAAUAUGCACAGAGUUGAAAAUUUGAGUCUCAAUGAUGUUCUUGAUUUAGUAAUGUAUAGCAGCCAUUGAUGCAUUGAUCUGAAGAUGAGAGUAUUGAAAGAAUUUCGUAGCGUUUUCUGGUCUUGAA